UGAUGGGUUCUUUUAAACCUGGCGUGGGGCACAGGCACAGAACUUUCUCUUGGAGGCUGAUAUGAUGGGAGCUGUUUGGGUGUUGAUUAUCUUUGUGCUGACUGUUUGGCCUGCCACAGGCUCCUGUUUGCCUGUUGGUGGGACAAAUGAUCUGGGACUCAAGAGGUUAAUGACAGAUCUAUCUCCCAAUGAACUCUCCAUAAAGAAAGCCCUUGCACUUCUCCAGUCAAUGGAGACGAUGUUGGAGAGACAUGCUAAGGAAGUACAAUUGGAAACCAAUGAAGUCGAAGCUGAGGCGUCAGUUGGCCGCCCGAAACUUGUACAACAGCCCCCCAACAAACCAAAAGGAUCCAACGGCAAUGUGACGGCCAGCGACGAACACACGGCGGGCGGCAACCAGACGACGGCCAGCGACAAGGAGACGGCGGGCGGCAACCAGACGACGGCCAGCGACGAAUACACGGCGGGCGGCAACCAGACGACGGCCAGCGACGAGAGGGCGGGCGGCAACCAGACGACGGCCAGCGACGAAUACACGGCGGGCGGCAACCAGACGACGGCCAGCGACAAGGAGACGGCGGGCGGCAACCAGACGACGGCCAGCGACGAAUACACGGCGGGCGGCAACCAGACGACGGCCAGCGACGAAUACACGGCGGGCGGCAACCAGACGACGGCCAGCGACAAGGAGACGGCGGGCGGCAACCAGACGACGGCCAGCGACGAGAGGGCGGGCGGCAACCAGACGACGGCCAGCGACGAAUACACGGCGGGCGGCAACCAGACGACGGCCAGCGACGAAUACACGGCGGGCGGCAACCAGACGACGGCCAGCGACGAGAGGGCGGGCGGCAACCAGACGACGGCCAGCGACGAAUACACGGCGGGCGGCAACCAGACGACGGCCAGCGACGAAUACACGGCGGGCGGCAACCAGACGACGGCCAGCGACAAGGAGACGGCGGGCGGCAACCAGACGACGGCCAGCGACGAAUACACGGCGGGCGGCAACCAGACGACGGCCAGCGACGAAUACACGGCGGGCGGCAACCAGACGACGGCCAGCGACGAACACACGGCGGGCGGCAACCACAUGGUGGGGAGCAACCUGAGAACUGCCAACGACAGGGAGACGGCGAGGGGCAGCCACAUGGUGAGGAGCAACCAGACGACGGCCAGCGACAAGGAGACUGCGAGCGGCAACCAGACGACGGCCAGCGACGAACACACGGCAGGCGGCAGCCACAUGGUGGGGAGCAACCUGAGGACUGCCAACGACAGGGAGACGGCGGGCGGCAACCACAUGGUGGGGAGCAACCUGAGGACUGCCAACGACAGGGAGACGGCGGGCGGCAACCACAUGGUGGGGAGCAACCUGAGGACUGCCAACGACAGGGAGACGGCGGGCGGCAACCACAUGGUGGGGAGCAACCUGAGGACUGCCAACGACAGGGAGACGGCGGGCGGCAACCACAUGGUGGGGAGCAACCUGAGGACUGCCAACGACAGGGAGACUGCGGGGGGCAACCACAUGGUGGGGAGCAACCUGAGGACUGCCAACGACAGGGAGACGGCAGGCGGCAACCACAUGGUGGGGAGCAACCUGAGGACUGCCAACGACAGGGAGACUGCGGGGGGCAACCACAUGGUGGGGAGCAACCUGAGGACUGCCAACGACAGGGAGACGGCAGGCGGCAACCACAUGGUGGGGAGCAACCUGAGGACUGCCAACGACAGGGAGACGGCGGACGGCAACCACAUGGUGGGGAGCAACCUGAGGACGGCCAGCGACAAGGAGAUGUGAUGGCCAGUUGCAUGUGCAAGUCCAUCAGCAAGCCAGAGGGUGGUGUCAGCAGCUGUGAAUGAAGACUUGUUGCUUGAACCAUGCAAAGGUUAUUUGCAAAAUGUUUCUGCAUGUACUUUCCCCCUCCUCUGCUUUAAAUAAAUUGCUUAAAUGGA